GGGCACAUAGAGUGUGAUGGAACUGAGAACUCCCUGGCCGAGUGUGAUAUAGGACCAGUGUCAUUUGAGGCCGAGUGCCGCUUUGUGGCUGUUGUAACUCAAUGCUCCAAUGCUCCUCCAGUGUAUGUGACAGGGUUGGUUCAUGACCAAUACUUUCCCUAUCACUUGACUGCGGAGGAAAACCAACAGAGUGUUAGGGUGUGUCUGGAGGUGGUAGGAGCUGAGACUCUGAGUCAAACGGUCCACAUUGCCUUGAUCACAACGCCCACCACUCAUGGAACAUUUACAUCAGCUACAGCUUUUAGUGACUACCUUCCACUGAAUAAGACACUGACAUUUGAGCCCUCGAUCAAUAUGACGUUGGAAGGUUGUGUAGAGAUAGAUAUUUUGGAUGACUCUCUCAAUGAGUCAUGGGAAGUGUUCUCCGUUCAAAUCUCUACAAACACUUCAGCUGUGGUGCUCCUCAACACACUCAUUGAUGUGUACAUCAGACCAAAUGACAUCAUAAGCUCAAGCCAAGAGCCAGCAGAAUGUGCAAGUGUUACUAACACCAUUACUACCAAGAUUGCGGUUACAACCGAG